CACACACACACACACAUUAGGAGACCGCCCACCGCAGACAGCUAGGACCCCCGUAUAGAUUUAAAGAGAGACUGCAUUCAGAGCCUGACGUUCAUUCAAUAGAGCGAUCAUAAGCAGGCUGGUUAGUGCUCGCUCCCUCUCCCUACUCCCCCUCACGCCGUCUCUGUGUCUCUCACUCGCUGCUACACUGAGGAUGUUAAAUCAGAGAAUCCAGCCGGGCAUGCUCUUACUCCUGAUGUUUCUGUGCCACUUCAUGGAAGAUCACACAGUGCAGGCUGGGAACUGCUGGCUCCGGCAGGCGCGGAACGGCCGCUGCCAGGUCCUCUACAAAACCGACCUCAGCAAGGAGGAGUGCUGCAAGACCGGCCGCCUGACGACUUCGUGGACGGAGGAGGACGUCAACGACAACACGCUUUUUAAGUGGAUGAUUUUUAAUGGGGGAGCUCCAAACUGCAUCCCGUGCAAAGAAACAUGCGAGAACGUGGACUGUGGACCCGGGAAGAAAUGUAAAAUGAACAAGAAGAACAAACCUCGGUGUGUUUGUGCUCCGGAUUGCUCUAAUAUCACUUGGAAGGGUCCCGUGUGUGGCUUAGAUGGGAAAACCUACAGGAACGAGUGUGCCCUUCUCAAAGCCAGAUGUAAAGAACAGCCCGAACUUGAAGUCCAGUAUCAGGGCAAAUGCAAAAAGACCUGUAGGGAUGUCUUAUGCCCCGGCAGCUCCACGUGUGUGGUUGACCAAACUAACAACGCCUACUGUGUGACAUGUAAUCGAAUUUGCCCAGAACCUACCUCCCCUGAACAGUAUCUAUGCGGGAAUGAUGGCAUCACUUACGCCAGCGCCUGCCACCUGAGGAAAGCUACUUGUCUACUGGGCAGAUCCAUUGGAUUAGCCUACGAAGGAAAAUGCAUCAAAGCCAAAUCCUGUGAAGACAUUCAGUGCAGUGCUGGGAAGAAAUGCCUGUGGGAUUUUAAGGUUGGCAGAGGUCGGUGCGCCCUCUGCGAUGAGCUCUGCCCUGAAAGCAAGUCAGACGAGGCAGUCUGUGCCAGCGAUAACACCACUUACCCAACCAUUAAUGAAGACCCAGAGGACGAAGACGAAGAUGAAGACCAGGACUACAGCUUUCCUAUAUCUUCCAUUCUAGAGUGGUAAAAGCUCCAUCACUUAUUGGAACAGCCAUUGGGCACAAAAUCAAUGUCCAUACUGUACAUAAGUGUAUGCCUAUUUAUUUUGGGGAGAAAAAAAAAAGUAUACAUAUAGUUGAGUCUCGUAGACAUUUAUUUAUACUGUGUCAUGUUUUAUAAUUUAUACAUAAAAUGUCUGGUUGACUGUACACCUUGUUUUUUGAAGAAAUUUAUUCGUUACGGGAAGAGCAGUGUUAUUUAUUGUGAGGUCUCUUGCUUGUAAAGUAAAGCUUUUCUUUUUUCUUGCAAACUAUAAAAGUCCAUUCCUUAGAGCUUACCCACAUGAUCUCAUCUGUUUCACUGAUGUUAACUCUUUUCCACUUUAACAAACUUGCAUGUUGGUUUCUAUUAUGUUUAUUUAUUGGAUUUUCUUCUUGCCGGUUCUGUACGUAAAAGCUCCUCGGGUUUUUGUUUACAAGGAAUCUUGACUGACCAAAAGGCGUUGUAACUGACUUAAGUAUACUUCCAGGGUGCAGUGAGGCAAUCUUUAAGGAAACUUCUUCCACUUCACUUUUCUCUACUUCUGAUCACAUCGUGUACUGAAGUGAUCUCAAUGUUCUGAGCAUUUAUACUGUACUAUACAAAUUCCAGACCCAAAGAAAUCGGAUUAUGAAGGUUGUUAACUACAGGGCUUACUGAAUAAGAAUAAAGGUUUUAUUUUAUUUUUA